GCGCCGGGAUGCAGCUGAUGAUGGUCCAGAAGGGGAAUACGUGCAGUCAAAUCAGACGUUAUCUUUAAGAAAUAACACCUAACGUUCUCCUUUAUCAUCUAUGACAAAGAUGUCUCAAUUUGUGUUGUAUUUCUCACGCGCGCAAUGGAUCUAGCUGAUGCCACCGCAGCGAGGAUCUGAUUUGUAUUUUUUCCUUCCUUCCUUCAAUAUCUGUGUAUUAUGGUAGAGUCAAGCCGGAGCAUCAAACAUAAACUGUGCAACCCUGAUGACAACUCCGUCAGGAUAUCAGAAUAUCAACAAUGGAAUCGCCUUACAAGUAGAGUAUAGUUUUUCAUGACCACACACCAUUAUUCGUGCUUUCACGAACGCACUAUCUAAAUUGAUUUAGCGAAAAAGUAGCCUGCACUUAAGAGACGGACCGCUGCUCACAAAUUAUGGACGAGGAGAAUAUGACCAAAAGCGACGAGCAUCAUCUGAGUUUGCAAAAAGCCUUGCAGCAGUGCGAACUGGUGCAAAACAUGAUAGACAUUAGUAUCUCCAGCUUGGAAGGUCUGAGGACCAAAUGUGCCACAUCCAACGACUUGACACAAAAAGAAAUCCGAACGCUGGAGGGUAAACUGGUGAAGUAUUUUAGUCGGCAGCUCUCUUGCAAGCGUAAAGUGUCCUUACAGGAGCAGAAUGUGGAGUUGGAUGGAUUCCCGCGGCUGGGACACUGGUUCCGCAUUGUUAACAUGAGGAAGGAGGUUAUUGAGGAGAUCUCUCCAGGUGAGCUGACUCUGGAGGCUCUGUUGGAGAUGUCGGAUGAGCAGGUGUGUGAGGCGCUGCAGAAGUUUGGAGCGAGUGAUGAAGAAUGUGCUCGGCUCAAUGCCUCGCUCACAUGUCUACGAUCAGCCCACAAAUCAGAACAACUUGAGGAUGACAAAUUACACAGUAAUGGAGGAUCCAAGCAGGACUGGUCUAUUCAAUGGCCCACGUCCGAGUCAGGUAAAGAGAACACCCCAGUGGGGCCGUCAGACCCCAGUCAGUGGGUCCGUCUCCAACUCUCCCAGAGCCCCAAAUUGCACUCACGCUACAGCCAGCACUUGUGCCAGAGUCCCCAGGCCCUGGCGCCCCCCUUCUACUCCCCUCACCCACAUUCGGACCGGCUGACCGUGGACCCUCACUAUGGCCUCUUCCCCUCGCCUCUGGAUAUGGGACAUCACUCUCUCCCUCCUUCCCCCAGACAGAGGCAUUUUGCCCACACCCCUCCGCGGACUCCCUUAGUAGUGAACACCAUGACCCCUCCAGGGACGCCACAGGUCAGGCGCAGGAAUAAACUGAAGGCCCCUGGAACCCCGCCGCCCGCCAGCCGGAAGCUCAUCCACCUUCUGCCAGGGUUCACGGCUCUGCACCGCAGCAAAUCCCAUGAGUUCCAGCUGGGGAACAGAAUAGAUGACGCACAGACACCCAAAGCAAAAAAGAAGAACAAGCCGCUGAACCUGAAGAUCCACAGCAGUGUGGCUGGGAGCUGUGAAAACCUGCCAACCCAGCGCUCUCCUCUCCACUCCGAUCACUCACUCCGCUCCUUCUUUUUCCCCAAUUUUGUCCCCUCGACACCACCGGUGCACUCCGAUACCCCCUCAGCAAACACAGUUUUUGUUCCUCGCUGGUCUCCUCAAAUACCUCGCAGAGACCUCGGCAACUCCAUAAAACACAGGUUUUCCACGAAGUAUUGGAUGUCACAGACAUGUAUCGUGUGCGGGAAAGGAAUGCUGUUUGGCUUAAAAUGCAAACACUGCAAAUUGAAGUGCCACAACAAAUGCACCAAAGAAGCUCCACCCUGUCAUUUACUCAUAUACCACAGAGGAGGUAGGGACUCAUCCAGAGAUCAAGUAACAUCUCAAGCUCGUCAGCUCGUCAGGACCGAGUCGGUACCAUGUGACAUAAACAACCCCCUCAGGUACUCCGACCUGCACAUUAGCCAGACUCUCCCCAAGACCAACAAAAUCAACAAGGACCAUAUCCCUGUGCCGUAUCAGCCCGACUCCAGCAGUAACCCCUCCUCCACCACCUCCUCCACCCCAUCAUCUCCUGCUCCCCCUCUGCCGCCCAGUGCGACGCCCCCAUCUCCUCUGCACCCUUCCCCGCAAAGCGCCAGACAGCAGAAACAGUCCAACCUUACAGCAUCUAAUUUCUACAAAUCCAAGCAGCAGUUCAUCUUCCCUGAUGUGGCCCCUGAGGUUCCCACCAGGGCCCCUCAAGUCAUUCUACACCCUGUUCUGUCUGAGCCUGGUACCAAAGUGAGUCCCUUGCUACAAAUUGAGGUUGAACCAACAUCUGAUAACGAGGAAGGCAACGAUGAGGCCGAGGGCUCAGCGGAUGAGUUUGAGGAGAUGAAUCUCUCCCUCCUGUCCGCACGGAACUUCCCACGUAAGGCCAGCCAGACCAGCAUCUUCCUGCAGGAGUGGGACAUUCCCAUGGAACAGGUGGAGAUCGGAGAGCUGAUCGGGAAAGGCCGCUUUGGACAGGUCUAUCAUGGACGCUGGCAUGGAGAAGUGGCCAUACGACUAAUUGACAUUGAAAGAGACAAUGAAGAACAGCUGAAAGCAUUUAAAAGAGAGGUGAUGGCGUACAGGAACACGCGGCAUGAAAACGUGGUCCUGUUCAUGGGAGCGUGUAUGAGACCCCCUCAUCUGGCCAUCAUCACCAGUUUGUGUAAGGGCAUGACCCUCUACUCAGUGAUUCGAGAUGCAAAAGUCGUUCUCGACGUGAACAAGACUAGACAAAUUGCACAAGAGAUAGUGAAGGGCAUGGGCUACCUACAUGCCAAAGGGAUCCUUCACAAAGAUAUGAAAUCCAAGAAUGUAUUUUAUGACAACGGGAAAGUGGUCAUCACCGACUUUGGCCUGUUCACAAUAUCUGGUGUUCUACAAGCAGGCAGUAGGAGAAAGGAUAAGCUGCGGAUCCCAAGCGGCUGGCUGUGUCAUCUCGCUCCUGAGCUCAUCCGUCAGCUCUCCCCCGAGACUGCAGAAAACCAGCUUCCUUUCUCCAAACAGUCUGAUGUCUUUGCCUUUGGCACUAUCUGGUACGAGCUCCAUGCACGUGAGUGGCCCUUUAAGAAUCAGCCAGCUGAAGUCAUUAUCUGGCAGGUGGGAAGUGAAAUGAAGCCCAACCUUACUCAGAUCGGCAUGGGCAAGGAGAUAUCCGACAUCCUGCUGUUCUGUUGGGCGUAUGAACAGGAAGAGCGGCCCAGCUUCUCCAAGCUCGUGGAACUACUGGAGAAACUCCCGAAACGCAACCGUCGCCUGUCUCACCCAGUACACUUCUGGAAAUCAGCUGAGUAUGUGAAAUGAGCUAAGCUAAACUCAAAAACGCCUGUUUAUAAAAUAAACGAAAAAAAAAACGCAAACCAAUGAGGUAACAUUAAAAUAGAGUCAGUCAGCGUGACUGAGAGAGUCGCUACUGGAUGGUGCAUGUAUUCUGCUGUAUUUAGUGAUGUUUCCUAAACGCAGUGAUCAUUUAGCAUACUUAGAGCACCCAGUAUUUUCUGGUGUAUCAUUUGGUCAUGAAAGGGAGAUGUUUUCUUCUUUUUUUGUUGCUAAAUGUAUGUUUGAUCUGUUUUGCAUAUAUCAAC